AUGUCUCAACCAGCGCCUACAGGCUCCGCCAAGACGGGAAAGCGGAAAAGAGCUCAGAGUACUUCAGUGUUGCAACCUGCCACAGGAAGCGCAACUCCGGCGGACGAGGAACCCGCAAAGGGCAAGCAACUUAUAGAGGCGCAGGAGGUUGGGGCAGUAGGGUCGGAGAAGGUCACGAAGAAGAAGGAGAAAAGACGCCAGCUAAAGCAAGUGGAGGCAGGCGAAAUUUCAAAAUUGGAUGAGCCCACAAAGUCAGAAGAGCCUGCCGCGCCUACUCCGGCGGCGGUAGUCGCUCCCGGAGUAGCACAAGAUGUCACACAUACUAAAGAGAAGAAGAAGAAGCGGAAGACGAUGAAGGUCAGUGAAACAGGAAUAGUCCCCGAGCCUGCAGCGACUACAGAACUUGUUGCUACCGAAGAGGUGAAGUCAGGCGACAUCCCUGCCACAAAGAAGAAGCGAAAGCAGAAAAGAGGGGAGGUGAUUGAAACAGCAAACGCCGAGGCACCUGUAGCGGUGACCGCGGUGAUUUCUUCCGCUACCGGGAGUGCGCCAGUCGCGCCAGUCGCCACGCCUGCCGGAGAGGAGAAGCGGAGGCGGAAAAAGGAGAAGGCGAUCGAAGCAACAAGCGUCGAGGAGCCUGCAGUAGUAAUUCCUCAGACCGCUUCUAUUACCAGGAGUGCGCCAGUCGCGACGCCUGCUGGAGAGAAGAAGAGGAAGCGGGAGAAAGAGAAGGCGAUCGAAGUAACAAGCGUCGAAGAGCCUGCAGUAGUAAUCGCCCAGGCUGCCUCUGCCUCCGGGGAUGCGGAGGUCGCACCAGGCGUCACGCCCGCUAAGGAGAAAAAACGCAACCGGAAGAAAGGGAAGGCGAAUGAAAUAACAAACGUCGAGGAGUCUACAGUCGUGACCACGGAGCCCAAUUCUGCUGCCAUGGAUGCGGAGGUUGUGCAGGAUACCACACCUGCCGGGGAGAAGAAGCGGAAGCGAAAAAAAGCGAAGGUGGUUGAAGUGGCAAACGUUGAGGAUCUUGCAGCGGCCCACAUCGAGGACUCCGCAGCAGCAAGCAUUGAAAGUCCUCCUAUUGGAUCAGAAAUUGUCGAUGAACCUGUGGUAGUGGCUAUGGACACUACUGCUGUUAUCGAAGAAUCCGGCGUAUCGCAAGGUGACACGCAAACUACAGAGAAAAAGACACGAAAGAAGCAGAUGGAGGAGGAAUCUGGAGAGGCUGGGGCUGAAGACGAAGCUCAUUUGUGGGGUUUCUCUACGGAUGCCGAUUCCUCGGACGACGACAUGGAGGAGGAAUGGACAGGCUUGGAUAUGGCUAAGCUCCCUACCAUUGCCAAAGAUGAUGCAGUGGUGAAGAGGAAGCUGGAGAAGGCAAAGGAAGUUCCGGCAGAAGACCGUGGCGUAAUCUACCUUGGAAGAUUACCACAUGGAUUCUACGAGGAUCAGAUGCGGUCAUAUUUCUCGCAAUUCGGCGACGUAACUCGCCUACGCCUUUCUCGGAAUAAAAAGACUGGUCGAUCGAAGCAUUAUGCGUUCAUCGAGUUCGAUUCGUCAUCAGUAGCGAGGAUCGUCGCUGAAACGAUGGACAACUACUUGCUCAUGGGCCACAUUUUGACCUGCAAGGUCAUACCUAAAGACGAGAUCCACCCUGAGCUUUGGGUUGGCGCAAACAAGAAGUGGAGAGUGGUUCCGAGGGAUCGGGUCGCUCGAGUACAGCACAACAAGCCACGAACGCAAGACGAACAGGCAAGGGCUGAGAAGCGCCUCCUUCAUCGACAGAUUCAAAAGAAGCGCAAACUGGAGCAGGCAGGAAUCAAGUACGACUUUGACAUAGUUGCAUAUAAAAAGGCAAAGCCGACCGAAGCAUGA